AUGGCGCCGCCGUCAGGAAUGCCCCUGGUCGCCUCUGCGGGCUACUCAGGCCCGCAUUCUUCUCUGUUCCCGCCGUUUGCCGCGGCUGCCUCGACCCGCGGCGCAAGCGACUUCAGCUUCACAUCUGGGGCGAAUAGCAGCAGUGACUGGCAGUGCCUCGACAGCGUGUGGUAUCGCAAACUGGAGAUCUUCCCGAUGGAAUGGUCCGAUGAGCGACAGAGAUUUGACCUUUACGUUGUUGCCGCGGCGCCGUAUGGAGGCCCCGUGGCUUGUGUAAGAAACGAGAAGGUUUUCCAACCCGCGAGGAAGAAACUGAAACCUGAACUGCAGAUUUUCACCGCGCGCGGCCGGCUGAUUGCGAAGUCGCCGUGGGUAUACAGCCGCUUGGUCUGCAUGAGUUGGAACAACGACGAGGUGCUUGUCUGCGUCUUCCAGGACGGCGUGAUUCGGACGUUUUCUUCGCAGUGCGAGAAGCUGCAUUUCUUCUCUCUCGACGAACGCAUCAAAGUCGAGGGCGGCCUCGUGCAGGCGGCGGUCGGCGGCUGCGGCAUCGUCACGCUCACGGCCGCGCUGAAUGUUUACGUCAACGCCGCCUUCGAUCGCUGUCAAUCAGUCGUGCUCCCAGACGCGGGCUUGCGAGGGCCGCCCCUGAGUCUCUGCAUCCUCCCCGCGCCGCUGCCGCCUGGGGGGCAAGACGCCGGCGAGACCUUCUCUUGGUUUUCCUCCUCGCUGGCUGCGUCGGCGCCUGCGAAGCUCGAGGAACCCCGCGUGUUGGUCGCAGCGGAGAACGGCCCGCUGCUUCUUCUUGAGAGGCAGCGAUGCAUCGACCUCAAGUUGGAGGACGGCCCUUUUGUUGCCCUUUCAGUCUCGCGGUCCGGCAGGCUGCUCGCCUGUCUCUCAGCGUCAGGGUACCUGAAGGUUUUGUCGACGGCGGGCGUGCCGCAGACCAUCGCGUCGCCCUUCCUCGAGCGGCAGCGGCGGCCGAAGCAAGUUCAGUGGUGCGGCGACGACUGCCUCGCGCUCUACAUCCCCAUGCACACCCCGUCCGGAGACGUGCAGCACACGCUCUUUCUGGGCGGGCCGAAGAACGAAUGGCUGCCCUACCAGUACGGCGCAGCGAGCAGCGGUGGCUCGAGUCUCUUUCUGGUGUCGGAGGUUGACGGCUUGCGCAUUUUGACGGCGUUCAAAACCGACUUCCUGCACCGCGUCGCGGCUAGCACGGACGCGAUAUUCUCAGUGGGAAGCUGCGAGCCGCCCGCGAUGCUUUGCUACGCCCUCGAGCGCUUCCGCGCGCAGGACGCCGCGGCCGACGAGAGCCUCAGAUCCAUCAAACAAGACUUGGGCGCGGCGGCUGAGGCGUGCAUCGACGCGGCGACGUACGAGUGGAACCUGGAGCAGGCCGCGCUGCUGCUGCAGGCCGCAGUCUUCGGCCGCGAGUUCCUCAGCGGCGAAGAGCGGCAGAGCUGCCGCACCUUCGUUCGCGCGUGCAGAGACCUCCGCGUCUGCUAUGCCGUGCGGCAGCCCCCGCUCGAGAUGCCGAUCUCCGUAGCACAGCUGCGCCACAUGAGUCUGGCCAAGCUGAUUCGCCGCAUCACCAACCGGCGCCAGCACUUGCUGGCGUAUCGCAUUUGUCAGUACGUUGGGCUUCCUGCGCGCGGCGUGCUGGCCUCUUGGGCAGUGGAGAAGAUUCUCCACUGCGUCUCGCUGACGGAUGAGGAGCUCUCGGCGGUCGUCUGUCGCCGCCUCUCGCUGGCCUCCUCGCGAGUCGUCGGUGCGCCCUCCACGGCGUUCGCCCGCGACGCCCGCCAGCCCGACGCGCUCUCCCCCCUGUUGCCCUUUGCCAAGGUCGCCCUCUGCGCCGCCCAGGCCGGUAGGCCCGUUCUCGCCACGCGGCUCGUCGAGUUCGAACCCAUCACGAAGGAGCAAGUCAAAAUGCUGCUGAAGCUUGCGGAGCUCAACAUCGCGGCGGCCAAGGCGGUGGGCGCAGGGGACCCCGACCUUGUGAUGCAGUGCCUCUUCAGCGCCCUCGCCCACGAGCAACAGGCCGCCGCCGGCGAGUCGGAUCUCUCGCUGCUGAUUGAAGUGCUGCAAGAUCGGCCGCUGGCGCAGGAUCUGUUCGCCCUCUACUGCCGGGAGACUGGAGAGGGAAACCUGCUUCAGCUGUACUACGAGAGGAGCGGGAGGCUUUACGACGCCGGAUGGGUAGCGCUGAGCCUCGCAGAGCGGCAGCGCACGUGGGAGACAAAAAAAAGGCUUCUGGCGCUCGCCGCGAAUUUCUUUGGCGCAUGCAAGGCCUCUCACGACCUCGCCGCCUUUGCGCACGCGAGCACGCUUGCGCAAAUCGAGCUCCUCGGCUGCCAACACGAGUUGGAGGUGAAGGCGAACUCCCGCGGCUGGCUGAAUCCGCCGCAUCGCUUCGUGGGACUGCCCCUUAUGGAGACUGUCCGCCAAGUGAUCCUCAAAUCCGAGUUCCACGAAGCAGAAAAUCUGCAAAAAACGUUCAAGAUCCCCGACAAACGCUACUGGCGCUGUAAAAUCGACGCCCUCGCCGACGGGCACUACUUCGACGAGCUUCUCGCCUUUGCGCAGUAUCGAACCUCUCCCGUCGGCUACGAGCCCUUCAUCACCGCCUGCCUCCGCAACGAGAACUGGGCAGCUGCAGCAAAAAUAAUCCCCAAGAUGAAAGACCCCGAAGACCAGGCGCUGUGGUAUUCGCAGCUGGGCAUGGAGAACGAGGCGGCGGCCGCUGCCAAGCACGCUGGAUCACAGUCGCUGAGCGGCGGGUUGUUGCAGACGCUCACUGACGCCUUCAAGGGCCGCCGGGGCUGA